AUGAAUGCCGACAAUCGCUAUCCAGUAACGGCGUCCCUGUUUAUGCUGAGAGAAAUAAAACACCGACAGGAAAAAGUCACUCGCGGGUACCAGUUGUUAAAACGUAAAACCGAAGCGCUACGCAUAAGAGGUAGACAGGCCGCACAUGAACUGUCCACUACUCAAGCGGUGCUGGGACACACGCUGCGUGAGGCUUACAUAACUUUGGCUGCGAUAAAAUUCACAAAUGGCGAAUCUAAUGCGUUGGUCCUCGAAAAUGUCGGACAGGCUCAAGUCCGGGUUUUAAGAACACCGGAGAACAUUUCUGGAGUUACCACGGUAUCUUUACAAGCAGUUGAAGAUUCUACUGCAAACGACUCUCUGCAAUAUGCAGGCUUGGGUGCCGGAGGGCACCGAACUAGCGAAGCCAAAAAAGCGUUUAGGGAAGUUAUUCGUAUUCUUGUGAAAUUCGCCUCUUUGAGGAACACGUGCCUGUUACUAGACGAAGCCAUUAAAUCUACGUUACGUAAAGUGAACGGAAUUGAGAAAGUUAUCAUGCCUAAAUUACGUAACACUGAAAUUUAUAUUCUUACGGAGAUGGGCGAGCAGGAGAGGGAAGAAUUUCAUCGCUUAAAAAUGGUGAAAGCAAAAAAGAAUAGAAGCAAAACCUUAAUAGACAAGAAACAUGAUAACAAUGAAGAAUGCUCUAACCCGAUGACGGCUACAGACUGCUUGACAAAUAUUUUGUACCCAAGGGAGGAUCCGCUUUCGACCCCGACGGACUCGGCGGGAGACAGCGCUCUUGUUUGUUAUCCCCAUAACUGGGAUGACGAUGACUUAUUGUUU